AUGGUGGAGGAAAUCGUGUCUGAAGAACGCAAGCUGAUUCUACGGAACCGACGCGAACUGCGUAAAGCCAAGAAAGCUAAAGCAAAGCAGUUUAAGCUCGAGAAACAGCAGGCCAAACGUGAAAAAAGAGCAGAGAUUGUGGCUAAAAUACGUGCCAAACGGGAGGAGGCGCAGUUCGCUAGCAACAGUAACGACAGCGGCUGUUGGUUAUGUGGUGAGAUAACGCAUCGCAAGCAGGACUGCCCCAACCGUGCGGCUGGAGACCUCAAUAAGACGUGCUUUCAGUGUCGCCGACGUGGCCAUACGUCGCAUAAUUGUCCGCAGAACAACAAUGGCGGCGGCUUCGGUCAGCAGCAGCAGCAAGCAGCCGUAUGCUUUAACUGCGGUGCAGACGACCACAGUCUCCGUGACUGCUCUAAGCCCAAGGAGAAUGGCGGUGCUGCUUAUGCCACGUGCUUUGUGUGUGGCCAGCAAGGUCAUCUCAGCAGCAAGUGUCUCAAGAAUACUAUGGGCGUCUACCCCAAAGGCGGUUGCUGCAAACUCUGUAAGAGUAUUGAACACUUGGCGCGCGACUGUCCGGUUGGAAACAUCUCAACGGAUGGUACCAGUGGUGCCAAAAAGAACAAGAAGACCACGUUCACAGACGAAGAUGAGGACUUUGUGGAUCAAAACAAUGGAGACAAUACUGGUGAUGCCCUUGACUCGUUCCAGCUCAGUCUGGAAGAAGAAGAAGAAGACGGUCAAGACGAGAAACAAUCCAUAAGCAAGACAAGCAGUCGGACAGGUACCAAGCGGAUUAGAUUCUAG